AUGUGUACUAGAUUUUGGUGGGGUCAAACGGGAGAUGAAAGGAAGAUUCACUGGAAAAAUUGGGGGGCAUUAUGCUUACCUAAACGUGAAGGUGGAAUGGGUUUCCGGGACUUGCAGGAUUUCAAUUUAGCUAUGCUUGCUAAGCAAGGGUGGAGAUUGAUUCAAGAAAAAGACUAUCUGCUCUACAGGUGUUUUAAGGCACGGUAUUUCCCACAGUUUAAUUUUUUGGAUGCUUCGGAUGUCCCUAACAGCUCCUAUGUGUGGAAGAGCUUAAUGGCAGCACAAACUAUUUUGAAAAAGGGGUGUUGUUGGAGGGUGGGUGAUGGGUCUGCAAUUAGGGUCACUUCUGAUAAGUGGAUACCGAAUCAAGUCACAAAUCGUGUACUGUACCCACCAGUGGAGGAAGAGUGGGAGUGGCGUGUUUCAGACCUCAUUGAUUGCAGGACAAACUCUUGGGACCGUGAGGAGGUAAUGUCUAAAUUCCAGAGGUCAGAUGCAGAGGCAAUCCUUCAAAUUCCCUUAAGCCGUAGACAGGUCCCUGAUGUAAUUUUCUGGCUUCAUACAAAGAGUGGUGAAUAUACGGUGAAAUCCGGAUAUCACACCGCAAGGUUAAUUUCCAAGCAGGAAGCAGAUAAGGGAGAGAGUUCAGGGGGGUGA